CCUAAAAACAAACGGGGCCAAUUCAGUAACGUGCAAAAUUAUCGUUGGCCUUCCUCCCCAUUCUCUAGCAAUUCUCUUUCCAUUUCCAAUUCUUAAGGCAUUCCUUUUCCCUCGCCUCGCCUCGCCGGUCCAUUUUUCCCGGGAAAUCCCGACAUCGCGAGAACUUUACCGGAAAAUAUUAAAAAAGAAAACUAAUUUCCUCUUAUCGUGAUUAUUCCCUGAAUUAUCAAAAUAUAUCCGGAUUUUGAUUCUGAAUACUGUUAUUAUUGGCGGUGAAGAUGGCAAGUCAAGGAAGUUCGUCGAGGAAAAGUAUGUCGUAUUCGUCGUUCCAGGGAAGAAAAAAGGCUAAUGAGAAUGGAGGAGGAGGUCUUGAUGGUUCUAGGAGAUCUCUCACCUCUUCCCGCUCUAUGGGACUAACUGGAGAGCGCACAGUAAAACGUUUGCGUCUGUCAAAGGCCCUGACAGUACCAGAAAGCACAAGCAUUUAUCAAGCUUGCUGUCGGAUGGCUGCUCAUAGAGUUGAUGCCUUAUUGCUAACUGACUCUAAUUCGUUACUUUGUGGAAUCCUUACAGAUAAGGAUUUAGUUUCAAGAGUAAUUGCUUGUGAGCUUAAUCUUGAGGAAACACCCGUUUCUAAAGUUAUGACCAGGAACCCUGUUUUCGUUCUUUCUGAAACUCUUGCCGUGGAAGCUCUCCAGAAGAUGGUUCAAGGAAAAUUCAGACAUUUACCUGUUGUUGAGAAUGGAGAGGUUAUUGCCUUACUAGAUAUAGCAAAGUGUUUAUAUGAUGCCAUAGCUCGUAUGGAAAGGGCAGCAGAAAAAGGAAAAGCCAUUGCUGCAGCUGUUGAAGGUGUUGAAAAAAAUUGGGGGACAUCCAUAUCUGGAACCAAUACGUUCAUUGAGACACUUCGAGAGCGGAUCUUUAGGCCUGCUAUAUCUACGAUAAUUCCAGAGAAUUCAAAGAUUGUAACUGUAUCACCGACAGAGACUGUUUUGGAAGUUACAAAGACGAUGCUCGAAUCUUCAUCAAGCUGUGCAGUAGUGACAGUGGAUGGAAAACCCCGAGGAAUUUUUACUUCAAAGGAUAUCCUGAUGCGAGUAAUAACACAAAAUCUUUCUCCAAAUUCAACUCUUGUGGAGAAGGUCAUGACUCCCAAUCCAGAAUGUGCAACGAUUGAUACACCAAUUGUUGAUGCUCUGCACACCAUGCAUGAUGGGAAAUUUUUGCACCUUCCUGUGCUAGACAGAGAUGGGAACAUAGUUGCUGUCAUUGAUGUAAUUCAUAUCACUCACGCUGCAGUGGCCACAGUAAGCCAAGUCGGGAGCGCUGCUGCAGCAAAUAAUGAGACUGCAAACACAAUGAUGCAGAAGUUUUGGGACUCUGCCAUGGCUUUGAGUCCUAAUGGUGACGAUGAGGAGGCGCGGAGUGAAGGUUCCUUGAAAUUGGCUUCCGAAGGAACAGAGGCUGGGAGAUCGCUUCUCUAUCCAUCAUCAGUGUAUCCAAAUGUAUUUUCUUUUAAAAUUGAAGACAAAAGGGGGCGAAUGCACAGAUUUACUUGUGAGACCCGGAAUCUGACUGAUAUAAUAACUUCAAUCCUUCAGAGGCUAGGGGAUGACAUUAACUGUAACAACUUACCUCAAAUUCUGUAUGAAGAUGAAGACCAUGACAAAGUUGUUCUGGCAUCAGAUAGUGAUCUCAUCACAGCUGUAGAGCAUGCCAGAUCAGCUGGUUUGAAGAGUCUGAGGUUGCACUUAGAUUGCUCAGGAAAAGGUGGAAGGAAGGGUUCUCGUUCAGAAGGUUUCGAUUAUGGUGAAGCAGAUGCACGGGCAUCUGCAUACAGUACUCUUGCCGCAGGCGCUGCUCUAGUUGCUGGGGUAGGCGUAUUAGCAUACCUGAAGAGGUCUGGUUACUGAUGCUUCUAAAAGUUACGAGCUCAUUCAAUCUUUAACUUCUUCUGAUCUAAAAGGCCAAACAGGCAUUGAUUGCAACGGGAUUUUCCUUUGAUUGAUGUUUUGUAGAAUAAUACAAGUAUACAAGAAAAUCACAUUCUUGGUUCUGGUUAUCGUGUAACUUCGCCUGUAUCACUGCCACUUCUGUGUAUUCUUUCAUGGAGAUUUUUGUGUACAGAAAAUACAGCGAUCAUCCAGCUUUAUUGACAAA